UUCUUUGUGAUGUGCUUCAGAUUGGGUUUUCUAUGCUUUGGAAGUUUAUUUAUUUGUGAAACUGAAAUAUAAUUUGUUACAAAAUCAACAAGCUGUCUCUACCGAUUAUAUUCUUUUUAUUAAUUAAGAUUCGAAUGGUCUUAAUUUCUGACCAUCACAUCUAAUUGAUAUUAUGGGAGACAGUGCUGAAAUUGAUUUGUAUGCAGAUGAUCUUGACAUAAAUGAAUUUAAUCAGGAAAACGAAUAUAAUGACCAAGGUGUUGAUCUUUAUGACGAUGUCAUAACUUCUUCUGGCAUUAAAUCAAAUGAUGAAGAUUAUUCUGCAAACCAAGAUUCAAAUCAUUCCCGACAUACAAACAAUGAAAGUCUUUCCAGCAAUCUCGUGCUGGAUAAUCUUCAAGGGUCAACCAAAAAGAUAGGCAUAUAUGUGGGCAAUUUAACAUGGUGGACUACUGAUCUCAAUAUAACUGAUGCUAUUAAUAAUAUUGGAAUCAAUGAUGUCAUUGAUGUUAAAUUUUUCGAGAAUCGAGCAAAUGGGCAGUCCAAAGGAUUUUGCGUUGUUACCUUAGGAUCAGAAAACUCUGUUCGCCAAGUCAUUGAAAAACUUCCCAAAGUUGAAAUUCAUGGACAAAAUCCUAUGGUUACUCCAUGUAGUAAAGCAAAUUUGAACCAUUUCGAAAUGCAGUCACGUAAAUUAAUUCCUGGAGGAUCUGGCAACCAACAUAUGAGCGCCAGCACAGCAAAUCUUCGUCCUUUCAACCCCACUUCAGGAAGUCUCAGGCCACCAUUGAUGACAAGAACACCUCGGCCAAAUGGUCCACUUCUAGGAGGAACACCACGAAUGCCCUUGUCAGCUCAAGGCAAUGGAGGACCAUUCCAAGGUCAAACAUCAUGGCACCCUCUAGGAGCAUCAAGGGGCCAAGCACCUCUUCAUACAGGCUCAUCGCGACCAGGAAUACCGUUGAUGAGACUCCCAUCAAAUCAAAGAGGAAAUCCAUCGCAACCAUUACUAAGAGGUCCUGGAAUGUCAGAUCAUCGUUCCAAUCAUCCAUCUUCACUUUCAGACUGGGGAGAUCACUCAUCGCACCCAGGACAUCCUUCCAAUGCUCAACAAGGCGGUAUGAGUUUAGGUCAAGGGCAUGUUCAAGGAAGCGCUAUGCCUCCAAGACCUCUAGUACCUUUACAACAAGUUCCUAAUAUGCCACCAGUAGGAGGACCACAUUCAGGACCAGCUCCCCAUGUUAACCCAGCAUUUUUCAACCAACACCAAGGAGUUCCACCUAAUCAACUCAACGAUCCAUACCGUGUACCUCCAGGUCCCAACCAAUAUGGCGAUUACAUGGGUCCUAUGGGUGGAGAUCCUUCUAUAGGACCUCCUAUGACUGAAGCUGAAUAUGAGGAAAUAAUGGCUAAAAAUAGAAGUGUCUCAAGCUCUGCCAUCAGUCGGGCUGUUGAAGAUGCAAGUGCGGGUGAUUUAAAUCGUGCUGUUGAUACUCUCUUAACAGCAAUUGCUUUAAUUAAAAGAUCGAAGGUUGCUAAUGAUGAGAGAUGUAAAAUUUUGAUAAGCUCUUUACAAGAUACACUUCAUGGAAUCGAAGCUAAGUCUUACGGAUCAAAUAAAUACAAAGAUAGGCCUAGAUCUAGAGAAAGAGACAGAUCUCGUGAUCGAGGUAGAAGAGAAAAGUCUGGUCGUAGAGAUCGAUCACGAAGUCGUGAAAGAGAACGUGAUUAUCGAGAUAGAAGUCGGGAGCGAGAUCGCUACCAUGAUGAAAGGAUACAUGAUAGAGACAGAGAAAGAGAUCGAGAUAGGGAUCGUGAUAGGGAUCGUGAUCGAGAGCGAGACCGAGAUCGGGAUAGAGAUCGAGAGCGAGACAGAGACAGAGAAAGAGAGCAUAGAGGCGGUCGUCAUUAAUAUCGUAGGGACAACAGUUUGAUUGUCGUUUUACUAAUUAAUCAUAAAGUCUCUGUACAAAAAAUCCAGCUAUAAAUGUGACUGAGAUAAAAACGACCUGAAAGCUACAACAACCAAAAUCUGACAAUUAUCUAUAUCUGGACCAUCUGUGGAAGCUAAAUCAGCAUUUCAUGAAAAAAACAAGACCACUAAGGAGCAAAUCAACAUUCUCACCGUGAUGCAUCAGACACAUAAACGGAUACUCCUUUCAGUGAAUCAAAGCAACCCAUUAACCACCAUCAACACAUAAGCUUCACAAAUAUUUUCAAUCAUUAUCAAACUUGAAGGAAAACAAUGGACAACCACACAAAAAUCAAGGAUGACCUUUCUCUUUUUUCUCCCCCUACUUAGCUUUAUAUAAAUCUCCAUUGAACCAAAAUAUUCUGUUACCCGUUUUUUCUCUUUCUAACUUUCUAUCUCUCUAUCUCACUCUUUCUUUCACUCUUGCUCUUUUCCUCACAUAUAUCUAUCUUUCUAUUUCUUUUUCUCUCUUGACUUCCUCUUCUUUCCACUCUACAUAAUUCUUGUCUGAUUGUAAUUUUGAAAUUUAAAACAAAACAGAAAUUCUUUUGUUUCUUUCGUAAUGAAAAAAGAAGAGACGAAAGAUUUGAUUCUAUUCACAUGAAAAAAACAAAUAUGGAUAUGAAGCCCAAAAAAUCAGUCUUUAAUUUGGUCUUUAAUUUAUAUUUUAUACACUGCCUUAUAACUUUAUUAUUAUUAUUAUUUAUUUAACUUAUUUUUUUAUUUUAUCUUUUUUGUUUAAUGAUAAUUUUGAUAUAAUUACUCCCAUGAACUAAUCGAUGUUCGUAAACUUCCAGAGCUUGUAUUUUGUUGUACAUAAUUAUUCUUGUAUUUAUCUACCAGACUAUUGAGUCGGGUGACAAUAGUGUUAAUAUUGGUUAAACUGUGAUCAAUGGAGUUAAUCUGUUUAGUAUAAUCAUUGAUCAUGGUGUUAACCUGAAUGGUCGCUUUCUCAAGUAACUCUGAUGUUUGCUCAUCCAUACAUGUUACCCUUGAAACAUCGGGUAACUGUGUUUUAAUGUGCCUUAGUAUCCUUAAAAUGGGUGCAUUUGACGAAAGGCCAUCAACCUGUGAUCUCAAUUUGUUUACAUUUUCCUCAAAUGCAUCUUUAAUUUGUGAUAAUUUUCCAGGUAUUUGCAAUGAAUUUAAAACACUUGUUAACAAUUGAUUCUCAGCCAAUUCAACCUUUUUAACCAUUGUAUUCAACGUAUCCUGUGAUAGGCUACGGAUUUGUGCCAAUGUUGUUAUCAUCUCAUUACUGUUGUUAUUAUUACUUAUAUUAUCAUGAUUAUUAUUAUUGUUUUAUAAUCUGAGCCACGGUUAGAUGAAAAACAUCGUCCAAAUAAUGUAUCCAACUUUUUAUUAAGUCAAUUGUUGAUAUCACCUGAAACACCGA